UUUUUUUUUUUAAGGUAUAAUUCAUUACCAUUUUUUUUUCACUGAGUGAUAAAUAAUACUAAACCACGUUUCGGAUUGAAAUCCUUUUUUGAAAUCCUUGCACCGGAACUUACCUCGUGACUUCACGUAGCUUGACGCAGACGUCACUUCACGCUUCCAAGUGAAACUUGCUGAGCUCAUUUCACUUUAUAAAAACGCUCCAGCGUGAACGCUACGUUUUAUUUCUACCGGCGGUGAUUAACGGAAACCGACCACGAUGUCCGGGCACGGUCAUGGGCACGGGCACGGCUGCGGGUGUGAGGGUGAGCACGAGCCCGCGGAGAGGGGCCUGGAGUACGGACUGUAUCAGAAGAUCGACCUGGAGAAGCUGCAGUGUCUCAACGAGAGCCGGGACGGAGACGGCAAGCUGGUGUUCAAACCGUGGGACCAGCGAAACGACCGGGACAAGGUAACGCCUCUCCCCCGGGCAGGCGGCCAGUUUGUGGACAGUGACGCAGAUGAAGAGCUGCUGUUCAACAUCCCUUUUACUGGCAGCGUGAAGCUAAAAGGCAUCAUCAUCUCCGGAGAAAAUGAUAGCUCUCAUCCAGCUGAGAUACGACUCUACAAGAACAUCCCUCAGAUGUCCUUUGACGACACCGGCAGAGAACCCGAACAAGCUUUCAGACUCAACAGAGAUCCUGCCGCUGAGCUGGAGUACCCAACAAAAAUCGCUCGUUUUUCCAACGUUCAGCACCUCUCCAUCCACAUCUCGAAGAACUUUGGAGCAGAGAGCACCCGGGUGUACUACAUCGGCCUCAGAGGAGAAUAUUCAGAGGCUCACAGACAUGAAGUGACCAUCUGUAACUACGAGGCCACGGCAAAUCCUGCAGAUCACAAAGUGGAGAGCAUCAUCCCGCAAACCAACUUCAUUUCCUGAGAGCUCAGAGAGAUGGGGAGAAGAGGAGGAGGCUGUUAAGGGUUGUAGUGACAUCAUUCUGACCGUCACAAAGUCAAAGAUGAGUUCAACGCUGCGUACUGGCAGGUUGGUCGAGAUCGACCGGGACUGAGCACCGAUGUCUGAAGACCAGUGGAGCUUAUAUGCAUCUGGAAGUGCUAAGCUGUAUGUCUGAUUUCUAUGGCAAUAAAGUGUGAAGGCUUAAUGUUGGCAAGCACCUGAAUAAUAAAUGCAUGAAACAUUUCAAACUCAAACUCUGCUCUUCUCAGUUCAAUUGAAAGAUAAUUACCUCUAUAAUAACAUUACAGGAACUCAGAAAUAAAACAUUAAAACCUGAAAAUUAAACCAAACAAAGUUA